AUGUCAUGUCUCCCUUCUUUGUCUGUCGUCGGGCAGCCAACUGCCCGCCGUGUCGUCGUCGCGGUUUCGCAAAGAGUGCCGGCCAGGUGUCGACGGCAUCCACGGCGGAGCUCGUCGGGCGGGUGGUGUCUCCCUUCUUUGUCUGUCGUCGAGCAGCCAACUGCCCGCCGUGUCGUCGUCGCGGCUCGCAGAAAGAGUGCCGGCCAGGUGUCGACGGCAUCCACGGCGGAACUCGUCGGGCGGGUGGUGUCUCCCUUCUUAUCUGCCGUCGAGCAGCUGGCUGCCCGCCGUGUCGUCGUCGCGGCUCGCAGAAAAAGCGCCGGCCAGGUGUCGACGGCAUCCACGGCGGAGCUCGUCGGGCGGGUGAUGUCGGAGUUCCCCGGCGCGAAUCCGUGGGACC